AUGUCGCAGGGAUUAGAUAUCGACAUAAUGAUGAAUUCAUCCACCAUGUUAAGAUUUCAUGAUUUUUCAGAUGCAGAAGAUCUCGAAAUAUUAGGUGAGAUGGAGAAGCCCACAAUGGCUCAGAUUGGUGUAAAUUAUGAUCGAAAAGGGAGAUCAGGUACAUCUGCGAUAAUCAACUUCAGUAGACAAAAUCCCAAGGCUUCUGAAAAUCUACAGGAAGAUUUGAUUGGUGAAGUUAUUGACAUUGACAAUACUCCAGUAUUUAGGAAUAUCAGUGACUGUUCACCAUUUCUGCUUGAUUGGGGGGUGGGGGAAGAUUAUGCAACAAGAAAAUUUAGAAUGAGUAAACCAUUUCCAGGACACUACACAAAACUACAGCCUACAGGCGCACCACGCAGGGAGGAAACUCAGGCGGCAGGCGCAGCCUCGCAGUCGCAGGGAAGGGCUGAACUGAAGGUGGAGGAGUGGAGGCGGUCCAGGCGAAGCAGCGUGGAGGAAACUCAGGCGCAGCGGCUGCCGGCAGGGAAGUGA